GUUGCUUUGUUUUUACACUUUCUAGUAAUCUAUCCCCAGAUUUGUCUAACGGCAACGUCAACAAUCCCCGUUACAUUAAACGUCUGUAUGUCUGGAGGACCACAGAAAUGACAGCACUACUCAUCAGCCAAUAAUAAGAAGCAAAAUCCGACGAAAUUACCCUCAUCAUCCUCCCCAUUACUCUCGCUAUCUCUCCGUCUUAUUACUGAAAUUCUACUUAUACAGAAUUCAAUUCUGACAAAGAUAGAGAAAUUUCAUUACUUUCGCGAUAAAGGAAUUAUUAAUAAGAGAGUUACGAUUAUAUAAAUUGAUUGAUCAUCGAUGGGAAGUUAUAUGAGUAAGUGUAAGACAAUUGGAGAGGUUACUAUUAUGGAAUUUUCAGAUAUGAACGUACAAUCUACGACGAAAAAGAGGAAGAUGUGUGAUGGUCAUAGAGAUGUGAAAUUCUCUCCUGCUCUACUUCGUUUGACAGGUCACAACGGAGUUGCAGAUACGCCGCCGGAAAGUUUAGUUUCUCCGGCGGCGAAUUCGGUUAAUUCAAAGGAGAAUUAUGAACCGUAUGGGAGUUCAACGUCUUGUUGCUCAAGUAACGGAUCAAGCAACUCGAAAUUCCUAGAUCUAGAUGACAACGGUGUGGAGGUUGCAGAGAACAGAGAGAAGAGUUCAUCAUCUAAUGAGCGUCAAGAAGAAUCCGGUGAAUUAGAGUCGAAGAAAAUGCCAUCACAUGAUGAUGAAAAUUUUUCACCCAAAAAAAUUCCGUCUUCAAAAGAAAUUGAAGAAUUUUUUACAAGAUGCGAGAAAAAAUUGCUUAAACGAUUUCAAGAAAAGUACAACUUCGACUUUGAGAAGGAGGAGCCAUUGGAAGGUCGUUACAAGUGGGUCCAAACAUGAAAAUUGAAAUUCUGUAAGACGAAGGUGGCCAGGGUUUUGCUAAUAAUUGGUAGCACUAGCUAGGGUAGCUAGACUGCUUAGAAUAAUUUAAUUUACUCUAUGGUUAGUACAUUAAUUAGUUCUAGUAAUUUUUAGGUGAUCAUGCUUUUUCUUUUGAUUUUUUCAGAUAUGAUCUGAUGCUUACAUUCAUUGUUGUCCAAUUAUCUCUUUAUUAAUAAAGAGUACA